UACAGCCAUCCCGAUGGUGUCAGAAUGUUCUCCAGACUUAUUACCAAUAAAAAAGAGUAGAAAACAAGACUAGCAUCUGUCAAAUGGGGCUCCCUCUCCAUUCCUGUCUACACACCUUUCCUUUGGGUGGAGAAGAAGAGGAGAAUAGCAUGAAAAGUGCAAAAUGUUUCAAAUUCCUGUUCAAAAUCUUGAUAAUAUCAGGAAGGCUCGAAAAAAGGUGAAGGGCAUUCUUGUGGAUAUUGGGCUUGACAGCUGCAGGGAAUUGUUGAAGAAUCUUAAGAGUUUUGACCCAGGUGAAAAGUACUUUUCCAACACUUCAUGGAGUGAUGUGUCUCUAUGGGAGGCCGUGGGCAAAAGAAAGAGAUACAGAACCAAGCCGUACUGCUGUAGCUUAUGCAAGUUCUCUUCCAAAUUGCUUACUUCGUUCAAGAAUCACUUGCACCGUUACCAUGAAGAUGAAAUGGACCAAGAGUUGUUGGUUCCUUGCCCAAAAUGUGCAUUUGCUUCUGAUCCCAAAAUAGUGGGAAAACAUAUCCGGAUGUUUCACUCAUCUAACAAGAGAAUACAGAACUAUACGGUCAGCAUUUUGGAUGGCAUGAAACAAUUCAGGAGUGACAUCAUAAACUUUAUGUGUCUAAAAUGUCACUUUACAGACACAUUAUAUUACAAUAUGAAAAAACAUGUGCUGAUGAACCAUUUUGAAAAUCUAAUAAGUGUCUAUUUUGGCCUGAGACUCGAGGAAAAAGAAAAGAAAUCUUUUGAGCACUUCUGCAAGAAAUGCAAUGCUUCCGCAAACAGCCGAGAUUCUUUAAUGUAUCAUGUCUUGACAUCUGAAACGCACAGGGACCUGGAGAACAAGCUCCGAUCUUUGAUUUCGGAGCACAUUAGGAAGCCAGGGCUCGUGAAGCAGAUGCAUAUUGCUCCGAAGCCUCCCGCAGCGGUGGCUGUGGCUGCUCACGUCCCGUUGGUGCCCAGCAACCUUCCUGUAGGUCAGAACGCUGUUAACAUCCAGCCGCCGCCGUCGCAACCUAUCAUUGUUUCCCACAGACUCCCUCUCAACAAUUCUGUGGGGGCCCUAAACAGAGCCGUGGCCCCUGCAGUUCUCCCGCUUAAUCCACCCGUGAGGCCUGGGCUUUUCCCCAUCAACCAGCCCAUUGGUGCUAUAAGUGCUCCCGUGGCAGCUGGAGCUGUGCCUGUGGCGCAGCCUGUUAGCCCCAUCAACCAGCCGGUCGCACCAGGAGUUCUUGCCGUGAACCCCUCGCCGGGCACUGUGAACAGGCCCCUGGGUCCCCGGGUGCUGCCUGUGGCGCAGACUGUUGCCUCGGGCGUUCUCCAGCUCAACCAGCCCGUUGCGCCUGGCGUGGUUCCCGUGAGGCAGCCUGUCAGGCCGGGCUUCCUUCAGCUCAACCAGCCUGUCGACCCGGGCACGAUCCCUGUGAACCAGCCGGUGAGACCUGCCGUGUCCCAGAACGCAGCUUUCCUGACUGCGGGGCCUAUCCUGAGGCAGCUGAUUCCCACCGGCAAGCCCGUGGUGGUGGCGUCGCAGAGCGCUGCCCUGCAGGCCUCGCCGCCCGCGCCCGACGCCAGCCCCGCUGUCAAGCAGGCCAAGCAGUGGAAGACCUGCCCCGUUUGCAGUGAGCUCUUCCCAUCCAACGUCUACCAGGUGCACAUGGAGGUGGCUCACAAGCAUGGCGAGAUAAAGGUCGAGGAAAACCUGGAGCCCGACAGGCUUGCGGCUUGCGCGCCGUUCUUGAGGUGGAUGACGGAAAAGACUGUACGGUGCUUGUCCUGCAAGUGUUUCCUGUGUGAAGAAGAGCUCAUGAAACACCUCCUGAUGCAUGGUUUAGCUUGCUUGUUUUGCACACGUAUUUUCCAUGACUUAAAAAGCCUUGUGGAGCACAGUAAGACUAAACAUAUUGGGAAGAAGAAAGUACGUGUGGAUUACAGCAACAGAGGAUUCCAGCUUGAUAAUGAUGCUCAGGGCAACCUUCUAUUUCCACGCUUUGAUUUCAGUACAGUGUUACCAAAAGAAGAGAUUGGGGAAAAUGAAGUCUAUCUGGCAGUGCUUGCGGGAAUAAGUGCAAGGACCCUUGUCCCCAUUUACAUCAAAGUGACGCCUCAGACAGCGGAAGGGAAAACCUGGUGCAACAAAGUGUUUACGUGUCCCUUUUGCUUUGGUAAAUUCUCUGAAGACUGCUACGAGAUGCAUUUGAAGGAGAGGCAUCACGUAAUGCCGACUGUCCAUACGAUUUUGAAGUCUCCUGCUUUCAAGUGCAUCCACUGCUGCGGCGUGUACACUGGAAACAUGACCCUCACGGCCAUUGCUGUGCACUUGCUGCGCUGCAGAAGUGCUCCCAAAGACAGCAACUCCAGCAUGAAGAUGCAGCUGGAGCGCAGCGAGAAGAAGGAGCCGCUCUUCAUAAACGGCGAGAACGUGGCGCUCAAGAGGAAGCAGCCCGAAAGCUGCAGCUUCACGGAAGACCAAACGAGCAGGGAGCAGCAGCCGCACGCGUUAAGUUCUGGCCUGGCUCUGUCUUCAGGCAAGGAAGGGAGUUCGGGGGUAGUGCCUUUCAAGCGACACAAGACCCAUGCUAGGAGCGAGCUGAGGAAACUUCUGUAUUCUAACGACGAUCUCCGCACUCUCGCUGUAGAUCCGCAGCAGUACGAUCACAGGUCGUACGAGGGUCAGAAACAGUUCUUGACAGACUACUUUCACAAGAGGCCAUAUCCUACGAAAAGAGAAAUGGAGUUGCUGUCCGCAGUGCUGUGUGUCCCCAAGGUGGAUGUUGCCACCUUCUUUGGGAAAAAGAGGAGCGUGUGCUUAAGGGCGAUAAAAAGCCACAGUCCCUCAGUGCUGCUGGGUUUCAGUGUUUCUGAGCUGAAAAAUGUUAAGCACAGUUUGAGUAUAAAAGAUGAACCCUUAGAUAUGUAAGAGGUUUUUAAAACAACUAAAGGCAAUCCGUAAUUGCAUACUUAUCAGUUUAGCCAUUUAUUGUACUUGAGUUAUUUGUUUUAACUUGCAGACUGGCCUCUUGAAGGGUUGCUGUAGCAUAAAGGUCUCACUCAGUUGUGACUGUUAUUGUGAAAGACACACGUAGUUGUGUAUUUGCAAAAGCUAAAACCUUCAGAUUUACACUUCUGGAAUUUAUUUUAGCUUUUUACAUUUUCUGGAGUAGAACUUCUUUAUUUUAUUUUGU